UCAGUUUCCAGUUUUAUGCUUUACCCUUCAGUCGGUUAAUACAGGCGGCCUAAACACGGACGACAGAUUUGCUCCCACUUCGACCAUGAACUACUGGAGUAAUAUCGCCUGUGUGUUCUACAUGCUUCAGGUGGUUCAUGCAGGCACACCACAUACCAGUAAAGCAUGUUAUGGAACUGCUGGCCGUCCCUGCACUGUACACAAAAUCAACUGCAACAAUACCCAGAAGAUCGACAUCAAAGAUGCCUACUACACUGACAACAAGGAUUGUACUGUACACGGCCUCACUAGCUGCAAGAAAGUGAACCCGGACAAUGUGACAGAAUCCGGAAAGCACAGUUUCAACACCGUUGAGAUGUCUUUUCUAAGAAGACACUGCUCCACAAGUUGUACGUUUCGUGCACUCCGACGAAAUGCAUAUGUUGCAUUUUCUGUUGUGAGAUAUGAAUGCAGUGAAGAAUCCACAACUAGUGGUACUUCAACACCAACAAUGAUAGGAAGCAGGCAAACACCAGCAGAAUCCACAACUAGUCAUACUUCAACACCAACAAUGAAAGGAAGCAAGCAAACACCAGCAGAAUCCACAACUAGUGGUACUUCAACACCAACAAUGAAAGGAAGCAGGCAAACACCAGCAGUUGUUGGUGGUGUUGUGACCACAAUCCUGGUUCUAAUUGUUAUCACACUAACCUUGGUGUGGUAUUUACGAAAACGGAGACGUAAGACUGAUCAAAGUGAGAAGACAAUAACUCCGUCGAAGGAUGUAAAGACAGAUUUCACAUAUAGCUUAGCCGGUAAUAGACCACAGAACCACUACCAUGAGAUAGACGGACUGAAGACAAACAGCAGAUCAAAUGAUUAUGAUUAUGCUACUGCAGACGGUAUAGCUAUUGCGACUAAUGAGAACAACUAUUUCACAAUCGAACCAGUCACUAAACCAAACACAAACCAGAAUUCUGCACCUUCUGCCACGGAAGACGAUUAUGAUCACAUCGGAGACAAACCAUCUGCCCUGACCAGCAACUAUGAUACCACAGCCUCGGUUGCCCAAUCAGCAGGCACUGGGGCACAUCCACGAGAAGAUGACUACGGCUAUAAUCUCCUCCAGAAGGAAACAAACCCUAAAACAGUCCAUAAUGACUACGACACUACCGCUUCUGCGGCUAAGGCAGUAGCACGGCUCCACGGAAGUAACAAGACUGAUGAAAAUGACUAUGACCAUUUUCCUGGAUCAAACAGCAAAUCUGAAACGCUGAGUUCAUCUCAUGGAGGAAAAGUUAGAGAUCGUUCUGAUGAUUAUGCCUUUGCAGGACCAAUGUCGUGAGCAUAUUAGUAUUAAGGUUAUAUUUGAGACAUAUCAGCUAUUGACUUCAUGUAUUAUUAAUUGAAAGACCAAUCUUUUCACACAGUUCAAAAGCACUUUGAAUCAUUUGGUUUUACGCUUUCAUAU